UUGUGGUCCAGCCUCCGCAUGUUCCGGGCCGGUGGAGGUCCGACGCCCAAAGUCACGCCAUCCGCCUUCCGGCACGGCGAGCGAGACGUUCUCGUCACCUGCGGUGGCUGGCUCUCACUCGUCCCUAGGACGCCUCCCGCCGCCUCCAGAUGACCAAACCUCCAUCUGGAGUACAUGUUACCGCCCAGCCGACGAGUGAAACCUCCACGCGCCGGUUGGCGUGAUCUUCGAGCUGAAUCAAUACCACCACGCAGGCUCGCCCGCCGUAAUUUCGGAAAUACCUUGUUCUUCGGCACCGGUAUUCCUCAAAAUUGCACACGUCCUAUCGAACAGCAGUCUCGUGGUCUGAUUGCCGGACGCGAAGGACCUUCAGGCCAACAAUGGACGACCACCGGAGAGAAGUGGUCGUAGGAGAGGCAUAAGGCUCAGGCACAAAGUCGAUGGUGGACGCGUUUAUAUGAGGUGGCAUGAAAACAACACGGGUUUGUUCACCCAAUGGUUUGUCACGUGUCUAUAUCAAUCGCGGGAAGCAGGCACCUAAGACGACGUUUAAUCCUUCUCCUCAUUCUCAUCCGCAACAUCCGCUUGGAUCAUAAUCGCCUUAUAAAAGUCAUGUUCCCCCCCACCUCUCUUUCACCUACCAACUUUCCAACACGUUAGUUGAACAGCCUGCACACCAAAACCCACCCGCCAGUAUCAAUCUCACUUUACAUUCAUCGCCAGAAUGCUCAUCGUGCUGGAACACCCGGUCGAGGCAUUUGAUCCACCUGGAACUGUAGAGAGAGAGGUUGCAACCAAAGAUGAUGCUGAGAAGCGUCUGAGUACGCGCGAAAGGUCCGCGACGCUAAGGAAUAUCCGAACCGCAGUCCUGUCAAGCUGACUGAGGAGCAAUACGAGUCUGCACAGAGGUACACUAUGCAAGUGAGAGAGGCGCGUGCCGUUAAUCAUGAACUAGAGACCAUCCCAGGCUACCGAAGUCUCUGUGAAUCACUUGAUUGGUUGGAAAAUGUGAUAAACACGCGUUUGGACAGCCUGGAUGAGGUUCUCAAGCAAUGCAUCCAAUCUAGCAACGAGCUCAACGAUCAAUGUCACCGGGUGUACGGGUUCUUUCGCUCGAUGCUCCAAGUGAUGGCACCUGAUCAGCUAGAGCGCUUGGAAUCCAGAUCUGUAUCCUCCCAAUUCGUCAUACCGUUCGUCUUGCACCUAACUGACACUUUCUUAGGAACUCAACUACGGUCAUGUUCAACCUUUCAUGAUACCCUACCCGAUGCCCUACGUGAUACCAAACUAUUACCCGAUACAUUAUCAAGCUGCGAUAGGUGAUGAUGCGU